AUGGAAAUUGGAACAGUGUCAAAGACGCGGUUCCUGCCAAUACAGAAGAAAUGGGGGAAGAUGUUUGAGUAUAUUGAACGAACACCUUCGCUUCACGAUGUUAUGAUACCUGGAGGAGACACUUCCUCCCUCGAGCUAACUCAAUUAGACAACAUAGACCACCGACUCCUUUCAUUUCCUCAUGCACAAAGGAUUCGUCUAGCUAGCAAAGGUCUUGCCGUUUGUCCCAGUCUUAUCCUUGAUGAAAGCGAUUCCUGGGCGAAAAGAGUAAUUCAGCCAUUGAGCCCGGGAAGAAAGAUUGGAAAAAGUGUAGCUCUGCACACCCAAUUCAACCAUCCCAACGAGGUCACUUGGAUCACGACGUCAGCUGCUCAGAAGUUUUUCGAAAUCGGAGUCACAUUGCGAAAUCAAACGGUAUUUCUGAAAGGCUAUUACGUAUACCAAGGCGACAUGGUACGCGGCCUGGAAGAUCUCUGCACGCAUUUACAAGAGAUUCUCGAGCCUCAAAGAAACAUCCGCAUUACGAUUGCAGGCUUUAUAACACCCUCUUUCGUGGUGGACCUCCCAGGCCGGGGAGGGAAACGCUUGGCCAAUCCUGACGAAUGCUAUGAUAGAUCAUCAAGAAGAUCACUCUUUCGAGCGCCGGGGGUCAACGGUUCUGACCGCCUUUUUGAGUAUCAUGAUCCUCUUUAG